AUGCCAAGACUAGACCAUUCGCUCUCCAUACUCCCGUUUGUUGUCAUCGGAGUGUUAUGGCUGCUCAGAUCGCGCAACUCAAAGCGCAAACCCCUUCCUCCCGGACCUCGGCCUCUACCAUUCAUUGGAAAUUUUCUUGACGUACCCCACAAGAAUAGGCCAGCCGUGUAUCGCGACCUGAACGACAAAUACGGGGAUGUGGUCUACCUCGAUGUCCUUGGACAACCUACCGUCAUCCUGGGCUCGCAUGCCGCUGCCGUGGACCUUCUGGAGAAGCGCUCGUCAAUCUACUCGACCAGACGGGUCCCACCUAUGGCCGAAAUUUCCGGCUUCGACUGGUUCUUCGUCAUGAGCCCGUACGGCGACCGGUGGAGGCGCACCCGCCGCGCCUUCCACGAGUUCAUGCACGCCCACGCCGUCCCGCGUCACCACCACGUCAUGGACGCCGAAGUCCGCAAGUACCUCCUUUGCCUUCUAGACGACCCGGCCCGUUACCGCGACCACACCACGCAGCUGUUCAGCGCCGUCGUGCUGCGCGUCACGUACGGGCUGGACGUGCACGCACCGGGAGGGGCGGAGUACGUCCAGACCGUCGCGGACGCGCAGAAGGCUAUCGGGGAGGCGUUCCGGUUCGGCAAGUACCCGCUCGCGCAGGUUCCGCUCCUCCGGCACCUGCCGGGGUGGGUGCCCGGGAUGGGCUUCAAGCACGAGUGCGAGGGAUGGAGGAGUGCUGCGAGGAGGACGCUCGAGGUCCCGUGGGAAGCCGCACAGAAGGCUGCGCGUGGAGGGAACACUGGACCUUCGAUGGCGUCGUUCUUGAUGGAGCGGGAGGAACAGUGCGGAGGAGAGGAGGUAGCGAAAGCCGUGGCGGCUUCUGUUUAUGCGGGGGGUUCGGAAACUUCGACUGCGACGCUCGACGUGUUUUACUUGGCUAUGGCGAGCCAUCCAGAGGCGCAGGUCCGCGCGCAAAGGGAGCUCGAAGCGGUCGUCGGAUCGGAUCGCCUCCCGACCGCGAGCGACAGGCACAACCUGCCGUACGUGACCGCCGUGAUGAAGGAGGUCAUGCGCUGGAAACCCGUGGUGCCGCUGGGCGUCGCCCAUCGCUCGGUGGAAGAAGACGAGUACAUGGGGUACCACAUCCCCAAAGGAACGGGCGUAAUCAUCUACGUUUUAGAGGUUUUAGUGAAGUUAGAUGUUUAG